AUGAGGAAGUCGAAACGGGAAGUCCUAAGGCUAACCGGAAGAGUCGCGGCCUUGAACCGUUUCAUCUCACGCUCGACGGAUAAGUGUCUUCCUUUCUACGACACGCUGAAAGAGAAUAAGAAGUUCGAAUGGUCGGAGGAAUGUGAGAAAGCUUUCCAACAGCUAAAACGUUACCUAGCCACUCCUCCCGUCCUCGCAAAACCAUUGGAGGCAGAACCCUUGUUCUUGUACAUCGCAGUCUCCACAACAGCGGUAAGCGGCGUUUUGAUUAGAGAGGAACGCGGUGAGCAAAAACCAAUCUUCUACAUAAGCAAAACGUUACUGGACGCUGAGACUCGGUAUCCCCUGAUGGAGAAACUAGCAUUCGCAGUUGUGACAUCGGCAAGGAAACUCCGGCCGUACUUUCAGUCGCAUACCAUAAUAAUCCUCACCACCUUCCCCCUGCGAACGAUCUUGCACAGUCCGAGUCAGUCAGGACGACUCGCAAAAUGGGCAAUCAAACUAAGCGAGUACGACGUGGAGUACAGCCCAAGAACCUGCGCAAAAUCUCAAGUACUAGCAGACUUCUUGAUAGAAUUGCCCAAGGGGGAUAUAACAAACACGGAACCGGACUCAACCUGGAUCCUUCACGUCGACGGAUCAUCGUCCAAACAAGGAUCCGGGAUCGGAAUCCGGCUCACGUCUCCGACCGGCGAAGUCUUGGAACAAUUGUUCCGAUUGGAAUUCCAUGCGUCGAACAACGUGGCCGAAUAUGAAGCACUCGUUGCAGGAUUACGAUUAGCCCUUGGGCUUAAGAUCCGCAACAUUCACGCUUACUAUGACUCUCAGUUAGUCGCACAUCAGUACAGUGGAGAAUACGAAGCGAGGGACGAAAGAAUGGAUGCAUAUCUAAAACUCAUCCAAGACCUCUCCCGAGACUUCAACCACUUCGCCCUCACUAGGAUUCCUCGCUCGGAAAACACUCAGGCGGAUGCCUUGGCCGCACUCACAUCAAGUUCGGAUUCUGGACUAAGACGAAUAAUCCCCGUCGAGUUCAUCGAACACCCAAGCAUCGAACCACCAGUGGUCGCCAAUCUGAUUCGAGCACAAAUCAAAAAUGCGGAGGAAGUCAAAGACCCACCAGAAGAAAACGUGGAUCAGUCGGAAUACGGCUGCGACAGCCCAUGGCUAGAGCCAAUCCGAGCAUACAUAAUCAACGGAACGCUUCCCACUGAGAAAUGGGCGGCCCGUAAAAUCAAGACCCAAGCCGCGCGAUAUGUAACGGUUGAAGGAGAAAUCUACAAAUGGAGAUUCUCUGGCUCACUCAUGACCUGCGCCGAAGGCGAAAAAGCAAGAAGAGUAAUGGAGGAGGUUCAUUCCGGGUCAUGUGGGAACCACUCCGGCGGAAGAUCUCUCGCCGUAAAAAUAAAACGCCAUGGUUAUUACUGGCCAAGUAUGAUCAAGGACUGCGAGAAAUUCGCACGAAAGUGCGAAAAGUGCCAAAGGCACGCGCCGACAAUCCAUCAACCCGCGGAAGUCCUCUCGUCCAUCUCGUCUCCGUAUCCCUUCAUGCGAUGGUCCAUGGAUAUCGCCAGGCCAUUACACAACUCGAAGCAGAAAUGA